GGAACAAGCACUGGAGCCCGCAUAGGAUAUCCACCGGCUCCUCCAAUCACCUGGUAGAACUCUGAGAGAGCUUUGUGCAUUGAAUCGUAAAGGCAGUACACUUAUCCGUUGUUGUUGCUCACAGAGAGCUCGGAGAAGGAUGGUUGUGGUCGUGGUUCCGACAGCAUACGCCCUUCCUCCUCCCUCCCUCCUCCUCUCUACUACAUCUCUCCCUUCUCCACCGCCUCUUCCAGCCAUCUUCCAAAAAUCCACGGCCUGGCUUCCCCUAACGAAGAGCAGAUGGGUGGUGGCUGCGAGGAGGACCAGUCUUCUUCCCCCGUGCCAGAUGUCUUUUGCUGAGGCGGUGGGCAAAGGAGAUGAGGAUGGCGUCUCGAGGGCGACGCUUCUGUGGCGAGCCGCCAAGUUGCCCAUCUAUUCCGUAGCCCUCGUUCCUCUCUCGGUAGGGUGUGCUGCAGCUUACCUCCAAUCAGGAUUAUUUUCUUUGAAGCAUUAUCUUGUACUGUUAUUUGCAUCAGUUCUAGUCAUCACUUGGCUCAAUCUGAGUAAUGAUGUUUAUGAUUUUGAUACGGGGGCAGAUCAAAACAAAAAAGAAUCUGUUGUCAAUAUACUUGGCAGUCGUGGGGUGACACAGUUUGCGGCAAAUGCAUCACUUGCUCUUGGCUUCAUGGGCCUUUUCUGGGCAUGUGCAGAGGCAGGAGAUAUCCGCUUCAUUAUAUUGGUGACAUGUGCUAUCCUCUGUGGGUAUGUUUAUCAGUGCCCUCCAUUUCGCCUGAGCUACCAAGGACUGGGAGAACCAUUAUGCUUUGCUGCAUUUGGUCCGUUUGCCACUACAGCUUUCUACUUCUCUAGCAGCAGCAGAAACUUAUCUAGUGGAAUAAGCCCUCUCCCAGUAACCGGUAGAGUUUUAUUUUCAUCAUUCCUUGUUGGUCUGACAACCACCCUCGUUCUUUUCUGCAGCCAUUUUCACCAGAUUGAUGGAGAUCAAGCUGUUGGCAAGAUGUCACCACUGGUUAGAAUUGGCACCAGAGCAGGAUCUAAAGUAGUGAAAUAUGGAGUCAUCUCACUUUAUGUUCUCUCAUUGGUUUUUGGUUUAUGCAAAGCUCUUCCAGCUACUUGUGUUUUCCUUUCUGCUUUGACCAUUCCGAUGGGUAAAAUGGUGAUCGACUACGUCGAAAAAAAUCAUGAUGAUAAGAUCAAGAUCUUCAUGGCGAAAUAUUAUUGUGUGAGGUUACACACAUUAUUCGGAAGUGCAUUAGCUCUUGGACUGCUUUUGGCCAGAACUAGAAUUACAACAUGACGACUGGGGAGUCUUCAACUUCAUCAGAUAUUUUGAACAGAGAUCGAUAUGGUUUUUACAGAAUUAGACAUGAAAUAUACUUUCAGUUGUUGAGCUUAAUUCACUCAUCAGCUGAUUGUUCUCCCUCGAUAGCACAUGGAACAAUCAACUAGCUCAUGCACUUCAACGAUUUGUCGUGCCACUUGUGAAAGCUUUAUAGUGUACUGUUCUAUCUUCAAGUUGUCUGCAGAAGUUCGAAUGUCAUUUUGCUACAAUGAUUGUAUGAAAUUAUUAGUAAUCAAAAUAGUGGAAGUCCAUCACCCA